AUGUUCACAUCUCGUACCUUGCUUCUGGGCACCGUAGCAGCUUUGGCAGUUGGUGCCUACUGGAUCUAUCGCAGUACUUACACCAAACGUAAGAAGUCUACGCAGGACAAAAGCAGCCCCCGACCGGUGUCCAACAUCAGCAUUUCUGCUGACAAACCACCACCACCACCACCACCACCACAGCGGAAUGAACGACAAAAGCAUUCGAGCGACCACACUGUCAGUACUGAGGAAGUCGAGCACCUCGUCUCCCUCCUCGCUGCUUCUACCACCACAAAAUUGAUGAAAAUCAUGAAGACACUCCUCAGCUUUACAAACUUCCGUGAGAAUAUGGCCUCUUUUAGAAGCAAAAAAACGCUCGACACCUUAACUUCACACAUUCUUCUUGGCGGUGAUGGCGCCUUCCUGCGAUCUGUUAACGUCUCUGUGCUCAACUUACUGUCAAACCUUACGGUGGAUGAUGAGACAACUGUAGACAACCUCUUUGACGCUAACCUGUCCGGUCUGACAGAGGAAGAGCUGGUUGCCUUCCUCCGUUUCUUGGGCAAUCUUGCUCUUAUGGAGGACAGUCUCUGA